AUGGGACGGCUGCGAAAACUUAUACUCGGAUCAUCUUGGCUCGGUUGUAUCACUGAUAAUAGUGUAAUAGUCCUAAAGCAGGCACCGGGCACGGAGGAUCUUCCACUUCCCAGUCCCGUACUACUUGACUGUCAUUAUCGGCUUGCCGAGAUCCUAAAUGCUUCUGGGAUGGGCAAUGCUAUCGAUGAGCACUGGCGCCGCUGGGGGGAAUUGAAGGCUACAGUCCAACACACGCUGCGGUCAGAUGGAGAUAGUGAUUUGGGUAAUCUGCUAAGAGCUGCUUUGUGGCACCGCGUGAGAACGUAA